AUGUCAGUGAGCAUAUGGAACUUGAUUUGUUUAGCGGCACUAGUGUCGUGCGAACUGCCACACGUUCACAUUGAAUCGGGGUUGAUUGCGGGAACACGCGUACAAGCAGAAGACAAAGAAGUCGAAGCCUUUUUGGGAAUACCUUACGCGAAACCUCCAGUUGGGGGACUACGCUUCAAAAAGCCGCAGCCCAUCUCGCCAUGGAAUGGGAUCUACAAUGCCACAAGUAAGCCUUCUCCAUGCUGGCAAUCGGACCUCCAUUUUAUGGACAAUGGCACACUUAAUUAUUCGAGUGCGUCGGAGGACUGCCUUUAUCUGAACAUCUGGAGGCCUGUAUCAUCUUGUCUAAAAACAAGCUCCUGUAACAAAAAGCUUCCAGUCAUAGUCUUCAUUCAUGGUGGAGCAUUCCAGUGGGGUGACUCGUCUCUCUUUUUGUACGACCCAGCGAACUUUGUGGCCAUGUCGGAUGUCGUGUUCGUGACGUUCAACUACCGUUUAAGCAUAUUUGGAUUUCUGUCGCUGGAAACGCCGGCGUUACCUGGCAACAUGGGUCUCUGGGAUCAGAACCUGCUGCUCAGGUGGGUCCAGAAGAAUAUUGCGAACUUUGGAGGGGAUCCCAACGAGACAACGAUAUGUGGUCACAGCGCCGGCAGUAUCUCUGCAGGACUUCACGCAAUUUCUCCGCACAGUCGGGGUCUUUUCAAGAGGGUUAUCUUGCAGAGCGGAACACAGCUUUCUACUAUUUUUGGUGCUGCAUACAGAGGUGGUGCCAGACUUGCUGGAAUUAUUGCCGCUCUGGGAUGCUAUGAAUAUCGUAGGAGAAUGGACGAACAGCAGCAGGAAAUUGUGAAUUGCUUGAUGAAACUGGAUCCGCAAUUUAUAUUUGAGACUUUGAAAACUCAAGACAUAACCCAACAACUGUUCAUGCCAGUGGAUGGAGAAGACUUUUUUCCUGGUGAUUUAUUGUCUGACGAACACUGGUCUCAUCUGGAAUUCAAAGAAAUCAUAAUAGGCGGCUUUGUGAAUGAAGGUACGCUGUUCAUAAACUACCUGAAUUACAGGUUUCCGGGUUUACUUGAGGUCGCUACACAAAACCAUCAGAUGGCGACCAUACUCUCACUAGGAGGGGUCUUUGAUAUGUCAUUGAUUCACCGAAAGCAAAUCGUUCAAGCUUACUUCGGUGAUAAAGUUCCAAAGAACAAUGAAGAUAUGGGGGAAUAUUUAAGCAAGAUGUUUGGAGAUGCAAUUUUCUACUGUCCAACACAGAUUUUUACUGAUGCGAUAGCAAAACUGGGAAUAACCACGUACAGAUACCUGUUUGACUACAGGCCGUCUUACAGCUUCUGGCCUGAGUGGACUGGGGCUUCUCAUGGCGACGAGCUCCUCUUCACACUUGGAUCACUGCCUUUCUUGAAAGAUAAAGCGAGAUACACCGAGCCACUCGGAAAAACUGGACGAGCGUAUUUUUCAAAACUUAAUUUUACUACACAAGAAGAAAUAUUCAUGAAGCAGCUUGUGAGCACUUGGACUUCAUUUGUCCAAACCGGGAAGCCUGUGAUUCCCGUGGCAGGCGUUGAAUGGCCCCGUUACACAGUCGAAAAUCCUCAGCUGCUGCGUCUGCAACCAAACAACUACAAGGUGGGACUUGAGGAAAAGCGGGACGUUUGUAAGCUUUGGAAACCUCUCCUUCUGAAGCCGUGA